AUGGAGAACAAUGAAGACACUGGUAGCCCUGGAUGGGGUGCUUCAUUCUUCAUGCAGACAACUGAAGACGUUGCAAGGGCUGUUGCAGCAGCAGCAGCUGCUGCAGUUGCUGCUCGUUCACCACGCCCCUCGGUGGUGUAUUCAUCAAAGGAUGAAAGUGGAAGCCAGCUUCAGAAACUUCAGAAUCAAGUGUCUAGAUUACUUAAAGGCUUGUCCAGUCCUCCUGAAGUAAAAAGUGGAAACUACAACCCUGAAAUCCUAACCAGCCAAAAACGUCAAUGGGCUAGCUUUCAGUUGCAGUCCCUGGACCACAAAAUUUGGAAAGAGCCAUCUAGGCUGUUUGAGAGCAUGGUUGUUGUCGGGCUUCAUCCUCACUGUGACAUUCAAGCCCUUCAAAAUCUUUACUUUGCUAGAAAAUUUGAAGGUUCGGGAAGAUUUCGCAGUGCGCUCAAUGGUCACCAUCAAUCCCGUGUCGAACCAAACCUAGAGCCGCAGGUUUUAUUUGUCUAUCCGCCGGAAAAGCAGCUGCCUCUGAAGUACAAGGAUCUGUUAUCUUUCUGCUUUCCUGCAGGAGUAGAGGUUCACGCCAUUGAGAGAACUCCAUCUAUGAGCGAGUUGAAUGAGAUACUUCUGGGCCAAGAACACCUUAAGCAGAGUGACUUGUCCUUUGUAUUCCGGUUGCAGGUGGCUGAUGACUCAACACUCUAUGGUUGUUGUGUUUUGGUAGAAGAAAUAGUGCAAAAGCCAUCUGGAUUAAUUUCUAUGAUCUCAGAUGGGCAACCUUGCAAUUUAGGUUUGAGCCGCCAUAUCUUAACAACACGGCGUUGUUACUGCAUCCUUUCCAGGCUUCCAUUUUAUGAAUUACAUUUCGGUGUGCUAAACAGCAUUUUCACUGAAGAGAGGUUGGAACGGUUAACAAAAAAUAUUGGUGACCUAGAUUUAGAAUUGGGCUGUGAUAAAGAAGACACUUCAGAAGAGGAGUCUGGAAGUACUUCACUGGAAGAUAGGGCUCAAGGCAUGCUGAAUGGGGUUGUAGAAACUUCUCAGUCAAGUUUAAGUGAUUCCAUUCCUGGAAGAGUUAUAGAUGAUGGUUCUCACUUGGAUCACCAGCUUUUAGAGGGGGAUGUUCUCACAUCAAAGAGAAGUGACGAUGGGGCCGCUGAGGCUCUGGUUGAAUCUGAUACGGGGAAAUGUCAUGCUAAAACAGAACCUGUGGUUGAGUUGAUUUCUGAAGUGUGUGAUGCAUCUGGUGAUGAUUUUGUAAUAAACAAGCCACCUGCCGAAAGACGGUUACCUGAUGCUGUAUUGCCCCUUCUACGUUAUCAACAGUAUGAAAGCUCUGAAUCUUCUUCGAGUUUCCAGGACUCACCUGCCGAAGGUAGAAACUUUAGAGGUGAUGUUGAUGAAACAGAGAUGGAAGAGCCGUCCUUCUCUGGCCAGGAUCAUUCCAGUGAACACAAUGAUAUUCUUGAGUGGGCUAAGGCCAACAAUCAUGGAUCGUUGCAAAUUAUAUGUGAAUAUUACCAGCAACGGUGUCCCUCCUAUGGUUCAACUAUUAGAUUCCAUCCUCUGGAGCAUCUUCAUCCUUUAGAAUAUCAUAGAAUCGAUGAAACAAAUCUACAAGUUGCCGGAUCGACAAUUGAUCUGAAGUCGUGCACUACUAGCUUGGAAUUAGCUGAGGCUCACUGUGCUCUAAUGGCGGAGGAGGAAGCUAAUGCAUUAUCUGUAUGGGCUGUUGCUUCCUUAUGUGGCUCCUUGCGUCUUGAGCAUGUCUUAACUCUCUUUGCUGGAGCCCUGUUGGAGAAACAAAUUGUGAUGGUCUGUUCGAAUCUGGGAAUAUUAUCUGCUGCAGUUCUUUCAAUCAUCCCCCUGAUUCGUCCUUACCAGUGGCAGAGUUUGCUGAUGCCGGUUUUACCGAAUGAUAUGUUGGACUUUCUGGAUGCGCCUGUUCCUUAUAUUGUGGGUGUGAAGAACAAAACCUCUGAGGUGCAGUCAAAGUUGACAAAUGUCAUUGUUGUUGACGUAAACAAAAACCAGGUUAAGUCCCCAUCUAUACCAAGCCUACCCCAACAGAAGGAACUAUAUCAGGCCUUAAGUCCUUACCAUGCGAAACUUGUGGGGGAAAGUUACUUAGGGAAGAAAAGGCCGAUUUAUGAAUGUACAGAUGUGCAGGUUGAAGCUUCCAAAGGUUUCCUAUCAAUUUUGAGGACAUAUUUGGAGUCUCUCUGCUCGAACCUCCGUUCUCACACAAUCACGAACGUGCAAUCAAAUGAUGAUAAGGUAUCUUUGCUUUUGAAGGAGAGUUUCAUAGAGUCUUUCCCUAGUCGUGACCGAGCUUUUAUGAAGCUUUUUGUAGACACACAGCUAUUCUCGGUUCAUACGGAUUUUGUACUAUCCUUCUUCCAAAAGGAGUAG